GUUAGAUGCCGGAAUACUUCUAACGUAAACCGGUUGUAACGCUUGUACAUGUGAACGAUUAGACGUAAACUAUGAAUUCAGAUUAUUGGCAGUUCAGAUGUCUUAUGUCGCUACUUGUCAGGUUAUUAUGUAUUUAAUAAGUAAAGCAUCCAUGAUUGCUAAAUUAUCAGAAAUUGUUCAUGCUAAUAAGCAUAUUAUCCGAGGAGCGAUUGCCGGAAUACUCUUUGGAUUCGUAUAUAACUACGGUCGAAUGGGAUGUCUGAUAGGACGGAAUGCGUUAGAAGAGCUGUAUAAAACGAACGAGCCGGAUAUACCAGAAAUGUUUUUGCAAAAUCUAUCAAGCCCAAAUAUUCCAACACCAGGAGAUGACGGAUUUCGACAAAUACCAUGGCGAAUGAAAGAUAUUAUAGAUAAUAAUUCGAAAGAAAAAUAUUCUAUGAUAUUCAUUGUAACAAUGGCCUGCUUUGAUGUAAAGCGGAGAUUCAAUGCUCGUUUAACUUGGGGUUCUAUCAGCAAUAUUGAAGAAAAACGAAUCGGCGUGAUAUUUGUCGUCGGAGAUGGUAUAACGGCCAGUCAUAAUAAAGUGUUGAAUGAUGAAAACAAAAUUUAUGGUGACAUAUUGCAGACUAACACCAAGCAAAAUGAUAACCAAAAAUCAAUUUUGCUAUUGUCUGGUUACCAAUGGAUUAUCCAAAACUUGUGGGGGCAAACUGAAUAUGUUAUUAACAUGGACAGUAACAUUUUCCCAUACCUCCCAAAUUUAUAUGAAUAUAUUAUGAGAAUAGAAAAAUAUCAAAAACAAAAUCUUAUUCACUGCGGGUUUGGAAUGAAAAGACCUCGACGUAAACCUAGGGAUCCAAGUUUUCCGAACUAUGUGUACUUGAAUGAUUAUAACAAACCAUUUUUUCCGUCUCACUGUGAAUCAAAUCUUGUUGUUUCAUCUUUCGAUAUGAUUCGAAAUCUUUACGAAACGGGUAUUCUUACGAAAAUGACUGAAGUAGGUCCAGACGUUCACAUUUGGGGCAUCUUGAGGGAGAAAAUUCGUAAAAACCAACAACAGGAAAAGAUGAACAUCAUAAGUCCUGAGGAAUUUCUCAACACAAGUGACGCAAAAAUUAUUCUUCCAUUAGCUUUUCAAAUUCCAUCUUUAAUUACAAAGGGCAAAAACCCUUACAACUCAUACUGGAAUAGAACAAAAUCUGGGUUCCUCAUUAGCGACUCAGAAACCGUCAAAAAUAACAAUAAAGAGAACCGUGUCGUACUGAGGAAGGCAAAUUUGAGUGAUAAAACCACGGCUGAUAGAGACUUUAAAUCAUUUGUUUAUAGGUGGAACCGAUUGCCUAUGAGAAUUGUAUAAUAUAUAUGCUUGAAGAACCUGAAAUAUUUUUAUAAUAUAACGCGUCAGAGGCGAUGUAACAACUCUAAACUGUCAAUAACGCUGUAGCUUUCGAAAGCAAAUAACUGGCUAACUAAUCCCAUACCCGACCUGGACUAGUAACCGGACGGGAGGCCGUGGUUUGCCAUAUGAUUAAGCCGUUUCACCGGUUUCCCUAAUCCCGGGAUAAAUAGGUAAGCCCUAUCAUAUCCUAGUUGUGCCUAAUUUAGUUACUUUUUUAUGCUAAUACCAACCUGCAUCAGCUAGGUGUCGCUGCUUGAAGAUCUCUCUAGGAGUCUAGGUUCCUCGCGACUCCGUCACACAUUAACACGAUCAGUAUAUUUUAUUUGUCGUUAUACAGUUCCUAUCUGCUUGUUUUUUUGUGAUGACAAAUAAAAGAUUGAUUUCUGUUGCCUCUG